CCACUUGUAUUCUUGCAUCAGUCUUUUUGCCAACUCACAACCAAAGUUGAAGCACUUGGGCAAAAUUUGGACGCAUUAAAACGACCACUUCUCAAAAAAUGAGAAUCAUUAAUGAGAAAAGUGUCGAAGGGAACGUUCGUUAGGUUCAAUAACAACAAUUGGUAAUUUUCCAUCAUGAUUUGCGUACAACCGAGCAGAAAUCGAAAAGAAACCCUAGUUCCUAAAUCGACGACGGACGAGAUGAUCGAGGUUCUCAGUGUCGUCGGGGACAUCACGAACGUGAUGACCAUUGAUGCAGAGCGUUUCGUGGAGGUGACGACAUCAUCCUCAUCAUCAGACACCAUGUCCCCAGACUCGUCCGAGGUCAGACCUAGAAAAAGGGCCAAGUUGGAUCAUCUAAGUUCGGAUGAGAAAGCACAGCACAGAAAAAUGAUGAACAGGAUUUCAGCCCAGAGUGCUCGCGACAGACAGAAGGCGCAAAUGCAGUUGCAGGAGGUUCAGAUUAAGAAUUUAAUGACUACGAAUGGAGCCCUGAAAAAGGAGAAUGAAUCCCUGAGUAACAAGUGCAACAGCCUCACCUCAGAAAACCAGAGGAUGUCAGACUUGGUGAAAGAGUACGAAGCUAAGAUCAAGUUGCUGGAGUCGUUCAGCGGUGAAAUUAAGACCCAAAUCAAGAUUGAACCCAUGGAGGACACACCCUCAGAAUGUGGGAACGGAAGGAGUAAUGACGUCAACAGUUCUUUGGAGCCUGCAGUGCCCCGCACUGUCCCUCAGCCGAAGGGACCAGAACUGGCGAAAGACUUCUCCUUCCUUCUUCUUCUGUGGACAUGUUUUCAAUGGAUCUUGACGAACCCGAACUUAUCCAAGCACUCGAUGAAUUCACUAAGCAAAUCCUUAGUCCAGGAAAUAUGCUCUCAAGUCGACUCGAAGCAGCCUUCUCUUCAGACUCGAGCUGCACUUCAGAUGAGGUUGAUGCAGACGCUGAAAUCGGUGAGGUUGAAGGAAGCAGGGUAGAAUUCAAACAGGAAGAAGCGAUCGAAGCAGCCAUUGACAAGUUAAACGCACAAAUCCAACCAGUUAUCAUGAUAAGCAACGCAGAGACUGCUGUUGCUGCUAACAAUGACAUCGCUGAACAGAACAAUCACGACACUCUCCCCCUGAGUGAACCCGUAUUUCAAAUUCUCUCUGACAUAUUCGAUGACUUUAAUGCUGAAAACUCAUCUACUUCACCACAACCACCCACCGUUCACAUCAAAUACAUUCCAGAAGAAGAAAACAUCAUCAGCCUAAAGCAUCAGCCAAAGAAGGAUAAUGAGUUCAACGCUUUGUUUGAAUCUUACCCAUACGAUUCAUGGGAUUCUCCUGGAAGCGUCGAAUCUGACCUCUUUCCAGACCUAGCAUUUUAAUUCAUACUUCCUCAAAAAAGAAAGGAGGGCGAGAAGACGUCUACUGCUACUUGUUCCUUCUUCCUGGUUUUGGUUGGUUUUCAUAGGAAAAGCUUUAACAAAUUAGAAUUAUUUGUACUAAAACUUUACCAUUAAUUGGGUCAUACCUAAGGAGGUCCCAUCCAUUGUUUAUUAUUUAUUGUUUCCACUUGUAUUAUUAUAUUGCUGUUUUAGUUAAAUAUAUUACACAUACAGCAGAAAAACUAGAAUAACUGGGGCAUUCAUAUUAAAGGGGUUUAAAAAUAAUUACUACAGCUCUCGCAUGCAAAUUAUUGUAUAGCUAAAAUAUAAAGCAGCAGCAGCAGCCCUCGCUCUGUCGUGUCUCAGCUUCUCACACAUGUAUUACAGAUAUAUUGUACAUCCGUUGUGAAAAAUGAAAAUGAAUAAAUAAAGCAUUGAAACCUGUGAAACAAACAA